ACACUACCACCGUUUCAGUGCUAUAGGAUAGGAUUUUCUUUUGACGGCCAUGAAACCCCCUCAGCUGCCGGCCGGGGAGCGCUCCUGGGCUCACGAGGUCAAGCAGGCCCUCCGUGAGAAACUCCGGCGCUCCUACGGCGCCGCCUCCGCCACACCGGCGGCCGGUGAACCGAGCCGUGGCGCCGACUGCCGCGGCUCGGCCGCCGAGGACCCCAUAAGGAGAGUCAUGUUCUUGGCUCCCUGGGGCCACACAUAAAACACAGACCCAGAUCUGGGCUUGCAAGAGCAUGGCCGGAUCUGCAGAGAACUGCUCAAGCUCAACCAUACUUAAAAGGAACUGGAGCUUGUCUUGUAAACUAUGGAGCAUGCUGCUUGCACCACGAACAUGAACGCAUGGCUGGUUAACUAGGUAGAUAUGGGUGUGGAUGGGAGAGAGAGAGAAAAAACAAGGUAUGUAGUCCACGUCUCUGAUCUUGGAUGGAGAGGCAUGAGAUCUUGGGAUGCUCAUGCAUGGGUCAUGGGUGUGGCUGAGAUCUGGAACUUUUGUAGCCAUCAACUUGUUUCCCAGAAACCAUGUAAUAAGGGUGACCUGUGUAUAGCUAUGAGACAUCAACAUAUCUUGCUGCUUUGUGUGUC